ACUUUCAGCUGGGUCUUUUUGCUAGCAGCAGAACACUCGCUAGCUUCAUCAGAUUUUAGUAUUGUAUUCUUUCUGAUCUGUCAUCUCAUCAAUGCCGAAUGAUAGUGUGACUGCUAUCAAAUACUACCAAAACUCGAGUUAAAUUGACAGAUUGGAGGAAUCUCUCGCUUGUUUCGUUAUAAGUUUAGCUGGUUAGCUAGCUAAAGUAGCUUAUAGCUAGAUAGUUUAUAACGGCGGAAAGAGACGUUAACCGAGAAGUAACUUGUUUACUGACAUAAUCUGCAUACAUACUAGGAUAGUGACAGUUAAUGCUAAAUUAUCAAGACUAACCAGUCAAUGGUUGUUUCCUUGCUAACCAAAGAAGCUGUUCAACAAGCUAACAACCAGAUACGAUCAGAAUGCCCUGACUGGUCGUGCGGGGAAAGCUCUGCUGUACGUACGAAAAUAGAUUUUUGCUCGACCAAAAGUUGUGAGGGAGAGGAGUCGUUCCUUUACAUCCGAACGUGCUCAGAGUCUUCUUUUUAACCAAAACAACCCACUGACAAUCGUCUGCCAAAUGUUGACAGAAAACAGGAAGCGGCGGCGGGGUGGAGACAAUGAGGGGGACCAGCUGGCGAAAAGGUCAGGAGGGGGACAGGAGGGUCACGCCCUGGUGUCCAAGCUGGGCCAGGAUGUCUGGGACUCUGAGUCAUCCGGCAGUGACAGCAGUAGUGGUAUUAGUAGUCCUGAGAGGGCAGGGGGAGGAGCCAGCACCAGCACAUGUACACAGAGCCAGAAGAACUGCACUUCCCAGGGUCUCCUCAGUCCCUCGCAAGAAGACCCUUCAAUUUCCUCGUUGAGUCUCUAUGGCGGCAGCACUCCCUAUGACCACAUCAACAGUGUCCUGAGGGAGGCCCAUUUCAGCAGUCUGCAGACCAGAGGUCAACCAGGAUCUACGUGACCUCAACUCACCCCUGACCCCCGUUGCCCCAACUGGGCAAGAUCGGUUCAGGUAGAAGUUGCCCGUAGGCUCAAAUCUAGAAUCAACUUACGUCAGAUUUGUGUCUAGGAGCAACUUCAACCUAUUGUCAUCCAUGACAUGGCAGAUGAGGAUAUACAUCCUUUGGGCUCAGGCCAAAUCCAUACCAUCGUCCCUGUGCCGUACAUCUUACAUACAUGAAGCACACCUACAUAUCCAAUGGCCCGCCCACUGUGGUACUACUAUAUGCUGUAUGUAUGUACUCCAGCACUUUACUGAGGGGGUCUACUGCUCUGUGCUAGUCUCCUUAAAUGAGUGAGUUCUUGUUGGACAUUAACAUCGCCACUGGUGCUAUCUACUGACGGACAUUUGUAGGAGUGUCUAAAGUGCUUGCUGUAUCCUAAUUAAUAAAGAGAAGCACUUUUCUGCCUGUUAA